GCCCGUUGGAACUAAAGGCUGGCUGACCAUUGACAUCAUCCCACCUCUUCCAUCUCCAAAAAUUAUUUUGCUUAGAAAUAGUUAACUAAGUUAAACGUCUUUUUUUUUUUUUUUAUCUUUUUAAUCUUCAAAUCCGUCCGUUGAACAAAAUGCCUCCCCUCACCGUACGCUGCGCGCGUACAAUCCCUUCGCCCUCCCCUGCGAGAGCAUUUAUACGAAUCUUAUGCGCAUCUUCACCAUCUACUUUUGGCAGCAGCAAUAGUGCCUCUAUUCUGGACAUCUUACUGCCGCCGCGAACCCGGGCCUUCCAUACCCGGAAUCUUGCCGAGCCGGCAGCCCUCCGCAUCCGACCACGAAGCAUCCGUGCCCAAAGCCAUAAUGGCCACGCCGCUACCAUUGCUGCCGUUGUCGCAAGUAUCGCACAGCGAUCUUUCAGUGCCGCAACACCCUGGCGCAAAACUCAGGUUAUCUACAACCCGCAGAGGGAUGAAGACGGGAAGGAGAUGCUUCUGGAGAUCACCCCGCGCGCAGCCAACCGUCUCUCCAAACUAAUGGCCGACGACAAGAACCCCAACCUUGCGCUGCGCAUCUCCGUCGAGUCAGGCGGCUGCCACGGCUUUCAAUCCCUGAUAUCCCUAACCUCCCUACCACCCACCCUCCCAUCCUCCUCCUCCACCACCACUACAUCGAACCAGCACCCGCCCGAAACAUCCACCACCCCACCUAAACCCGCAACCGAAGGCGGCGCCGAAACCGCAGCGCACGUCGCGCCGUCCACGACUACGAGCGCCUCGCCCACCGAGCCCAGCAUCGGCGAGGACGACACCAUAUUCGCCUUCGUCAAAGACGGCGAUGAUGACGCCACGGGUACUACGGGUAUGCCGAAGGUGAUCGCCGACGCGCCGAGCCUCGAGCUGCUCAAGGGCAGCAAGGUCGACUUCGCCAUGGAGCUCAUCGGCAGCCAGUUCAAGAUCGUCGACAACCCGCACGCCACCAGCGCCUGCGGCUGCGGCACCAGCUUCGACAUCAAGUUUUGAAAGAACCGCCUAACCCACCAAAGCUGUAUUUUCAUAUACCUGAGCAAUACCAAUGCCGGCCUUUUUCUUCCCUUGCGCUAUUCUUUUAUCAUUCUCCCGCUGUACAUACUACUUCAUACAUACAUACAGACACACAUACAUACUUAGAUACUUAGAUAUCUUCCAUCCAUGGAACGGUUUAAGACGAUGAUAAUGCUUUGCUUUAUUAUACCUACCUGUCUGCCUCUUCUUCGCCCUCGAUACCUGUAUGGACCGAGACCGAGACCGAGCUCUUAAUCCCAUAUUGUAUCGUAUCAUACGCAUGCAGCAGUUGUACUUGAUAUUGGCGAAUGCGGGAAUUAAAGGAGGGGGUAUUUGGGAGGACGGUAUCAUACCUACUUUUGCUUCACUGGGUAUAUUUUGACGUCUCGAGAGACGUACAUUCAUGUACAAUCAUGCAUGGCACUACGGUUUGAUUCUAUCCAAUGUCUUCAUACGGAAUAGCUAGGCACAGUGUCAUCAAGCACCUACCUAGGUGGUUGUAAUUAGGAACGGCUUAUAGCCAUUUGAACCCGAAUUCGCUUUGUAAUCAAUGAACAUUUCUCCAUCUCUCGAAUGGCAAUAGUGUG